UUUGUUGUUCACCGUUUGGUUGCCACCACAUACACACAACAUACACACCACGCAACGCAGGAUCACAGGCUCUCUUGUCUUGGGUGCUCUUGCUGUAGUGGAUCUUUGCUGUAGUGUCGAAUUCCAGUGUGAUCCUUUUGCAAGCUGGUCGGUCAGAACGUUCUUAGUGUGCAGUGUUUUUGUGUGCAGAUCUAGUUUUGUGAACUUUAAACAUGGCUAGCCAACAGAUCGCUUCACUGAAAGCCGUCACGUGUGUGGUGCUGUUGCUGGUGAUAGUGUGCAGCCUGGUGGCCGGCUCCGCCAUGCCACCGCUCUGCGAGAACAGACUGAUCGACGAGCUUCCGCCCAAGUUCCGGAAGGUGUGCGCGGCGCUGGAAAACUCGAACCAAUUCGCCGAAGCACUGAACGCGUACAUACGAAAGGAGGCAGCUGGUAAUGCUUUUCUUUACCUAGAUGACGACAUGCUGGUACCGGGACAGACGGGCAAGCGGACGGAUGUGGAUCACGUGUUCCUGAGGUUCGGCAGAAGGCGCUAAACUCGUGAGCCGGUGAGGCGCGGUGUGUCCUUUGACCUCCCUCCCCGCCCUCUGGGGGCUUCGAAUUUAACGUCUCCUAUCUUUGGACUAUGGCACACGCAACAUACGCAAGCGAUCAUGUGUGAAUUGUAUGAUCACUAAACAAAAAAACACACACACAGAUACACACUUUGAAUAAGACUAUUGAGAAUUCAUGGAAAUCUUAUAAGCAUGCAAUGGCAAUGAAGAGGAUGUUUAUGUUUUACGGUUUCGGUAUUCGUCGUUUUGCACAACACUUCGAACUGAACUCUCCAUUUCCCAGACAGUGGUGCGGUCAUCAUGUAAUAUAAGAGCAGUAUUAAACACAUCUAUCAAGCAGUGUCCGAUGCGUGUAUAUGUGGCGGUGUACUGGGGCAGCUAGUCGCAACAGCAGAUCAGGGUUUAAAGCAAGCUAGUCGCAUAGAAUCCUUUACACACAUACAGUCACUUACAAGCGCAAAAGCGUACUUAUUGUAUCGUUGUACCAUGAACGGCAAAUAAAUUUGAAAUAUUUUAUGAAACAAUGUAAAA